UUUACCGAUCCGAUGAUUCAUAUACUUACUGGACACUUGUAAUAAUUAACACAUCACUUCGCCACUGGCACUUCAUCAAGGCUUUUGAAGGGGCAUUUAUGUCUGCAAGACUAAAGGUUACAUAACGUUGCCAGUCAAGUAGCCAGGUCUGAAAAACUUCCAGGGCGAACCGAAAGUUAGAGAAACAGAGAAGAGAAGAGCCAUGGAAAUGAAGAAGCUCACCACAGAGGAGGAAAGAAAUGAAGAAGAAGAAGUAAAAACAAGUGAACCGAUGCUGGAUGCCAAAACUGAAGAGGAAGUAGAACCAGACCCCUAUUCCAAACUGCAAAGUCUACCCGAGGACAUCUAUUCAGAGGCUUGUUAUGGUGGCGCUCCAGAUAAACCAAAAGCAGACCAGCAGACUAAGGGAAACACACGUCUGUACCGUGCAGUGUGCUUGUUCCUCGCAUUAAUCUGCCUGGUCCUGCUGCUGGUCGUCAUUUUCCUCAGCGUGAAACUCCAAACUGGAUCCACUGUCUGCCCGGAGAGAGAGGAGGCUAUAAAAGCAAACAGGCGCAACCCCUCAUUUACUCCAACCUGCAGCUACGAGCAGUGCCAGGCUCACUUCCCCACUGUUGAAGUCAAAUAUCGCAGCUGCCCGCAGUGUGCCGCCGGUUGGGUGACUUAUGGCGAGUCGUGUUUUUUCCUGUCCACCUUCAGGCUCAGCUGGGAUGAGAGCCAGAAGAACUGCAGCGCCAGAGGAGGAUCUCUGGCUGUGAUCAGCAGCCUGAGGACUCAGCGUUUUCUGACCAGGGAGGGGAAAAUGAAUUACUGGAUCGGGCUGAGACAGAAGAGCAACACAUGGACCUGGGUCGACAACACUGCGCUGCAAGAGAGUUAUUGGGUAGGCGUCAGGUCAGAGGGGGAUUGUGGGAUCCUCAGCGGUGGAAGCUCACCUGAGAAGAACUGGAUCACGGCUUCAUGCCAGGCCUACACCUACUUCAUCUGCCAGCUGCAGCUGUGACGGAUGUAUCAUUUUUAACAGAAUAAUGAGCGAAUCAAAAUUCUCUCAACAAGCAUCAACUCCGCAAUAACACUGCAGAUUACUCCUCUUUCCACUUUACACAUCAAUCAGUAUAGCCGGUAGUAAGUAGCGUCUGAGAUGAUAGUUUUAUAUUAUAUACUUAAGAGCUGUUUAGUUCGAUUUUUGUAAGUUAUUUUCUUGCAGCACUGUGUCACCUGAUUUGUAUCCUAACGUGUCUGUGAACGUCUAUAAACACAUAGAAGCAUUAAUCAGGGAGCUUCACUCUUGCUUACUGUGUAUUUGUACUGCUGUCAGACGUAUUCACAAAUAAAGGCCAUUUUGUUUCAACAAGG